AUGGGUGAAGUUUUUGAAGAAUAUCCGUCGCUGGAAGCGUUGAAAAGCCUAGAUGAGAUCGAAGAACUAGCCACGCGGCUAAUCAGCAAAGAAGCAUGGGCAUUCAACUUUGCCGCUUCAGGAGAUCUCAUCUCCAAACGUCUGGACGCAGAAGCCUACAAGUCCAUUCUGUUGCGUCCCCGCAUCUUUGUCGACGUUGGCAAAUGCGACUUAUCCACGCAAAUAAUGGGACAGCUCUCAGGACUCCCGAUUUUCAUUUCCCCCAUGGCAAUGGCCCGACGAUUCCAUCCUGCUGGAGAGGCAGGCAUCACUCAGGCAUGUCGGGAAUUAGGCAUUAUGCACAUAAUCUCAAAUAAUGCUUCUAUGACUCCCGAAGAGAUUGUCGAUGCUGGUCCAGAUCAAAGUCAUGGAUUCCAGCUUUAUGUUCAACAAGACCGGAAAGAAAGUGAAGUAGUGCUGGAACGAAUCAAUAAGCUGAAAGCAAUCAAAUGUCUUGUUUUGACACUUGAUGAGCCAGUUCCAGGGAAACAUGAGCUUGGGGGGAAAGAAGGUGGUAGAAGAGAAGCAGAAGACAAAAUUGAGAACACGUCACGACUCAAACCUGCCGUUGCAUCAAUUUCUGGACCGGCGUAUGAUCUGACUUGGAAAGAUACACUGGAAUGGGUUACGCAACACACAGAACUACCUAUUGUUCUGAAAGGCGUACAAACACAUGAAGAUGCGUAUAUCGCUUCUCAAUUUCCUCAAGUGAAGAGUAUCAUACUGUCGAACCAUGCCGGCCGUGUACUUGACACCGCUCCUCCGUCAAUUUAUACAUUAUUGGAAAUCCGCAAAUACUGCCCGGAGGUAUUUGACAAAGUGGAUGUUCUAGUUGAUGGAGGAAUUCGCAGGGGUACAGAUGUUGUAAAAGCGAUAUGUUUGGGUGCGAAAGGUGUCGGUAUUGGUCGAUCAGUAUUCUGGGGACUUGGUGCUGGAGGGGUUCGUGGAGUUGAGAGGACAAUUGAAAUUAUGGCGGACGAAAUAAGAACUUGUAUGCGGUUGUUGGGUGUGAGAAACGUAGCGGAUCUAGGUCUUCAACACGUCAAUACAUCUAUAAUAGAGCAACAACUCUAUAAGGGUCCAUCUGGACUCCAGGGUGCUCAAGUGUCAGUAUAG